AUGGAUGAUCCAAAGCUUGAAAGAGGGACAACUAUUUCUUCUGAUCUCUUCAAAGCAAUCCAAGAAUCAAGGCUUGCAAUCGUUGUUCUCUCGCCAGACUAUGCUUCUUCUUCCUGGUGCUUGGGUGAACUUACAAAGAUUCUCCAAUGCAUGAAAUCCAACGGCACACUUCUGCCUGUGUUUUAUAAUGUGGAUCCCUCCGAUGUGCGAAAACAAAGCGACAGUUUUGCAGGCGCGUUCGCUGAGCAUGAGAAGGGGUUUAGGGAAGACAUAGAAAAGGUGAAGCGCUGGAGAGCUGCUUUAACAGAAGUUGCUAAUUUAUCUGGGUUGGAUUCAAAUAAGAUUCAGUGUGAAAGAAAGCUCAUUGAAAAGAUUGUUGAUUGGGUGUGGGGGAAAGUGCAUCGCACAUUCAAAUUGUUGGAUUCCACAGAGUUAGAGGGAAUUGUGGGAAUUAAGUUUACACGUGAGCAAAUGAAUUUGCUUUUAGAUCCUACAGAUGAUGUUCGCUUUGUAGGGAUAUGGGGAAUGGGCGGCAUCGGCAAGACAACCAUUGCUAAGCUAGUUCAUGAUAGCAUUUGUAUGCAUUUUGAAGUUAGUUGCUUUCUUGCUAAUGUUAGAGAGGUUUCUCAACGUGGUAAUCUUGUUGAUCUACAAAGAAAGCUUCUUUCCCUGAUCUUAAAGGAACAAAUAACUGAUGUUUGGGAUGAACAGUCGGGAACCUAUUUCAUCAAGAAUUGCCUAUGUAAUAAAAAGGUGCUUCUCAUUCUUGAUGAUGUGAAUGAAUCAAGCCAACUAGAGAAAUUUGCUAAGGAAAAGGAUUGGUUUGGUAAGGGGAGUAUCAUCAUCAUUACAACUAGAGAUGAACGGUUGGUUAAAAAGAAUGAUAUGGAGAUAUCAUAUAAGGUUGAGGGAUUAGGUGAUGAUGAGGCUCUCGAGCUCUUUAGUCUGAACUCCUUUAAAAAAUUUGAGCCUGAGGAAGGUUUUUGGGAAUUGUCCAAGUCCUUUGUAAAUUAUGCUGGAGGCCUUCCCUUAGCUCUUAAAAUUUUGGGAUGCUCUGUGUAUAAGAGAGAUCGAGAUGAAUGGGAAAGUGAAUUGGAUAAGCUACGGAAAAUUCUUGAGCCAAAAAUUUUCGAUUUGCUCAAACUAAGUUAUGAUGGACUAGAUGAGAUGAACAAGAAUAUAUUUCUUGAUGUUGCAUUUUUCCAUAAGGGGAAGUACAAGAAUGAAGUAAUUGAAAUGCUAGACAGUUGUGACCGUUGUGGUGGGAUAAAUGCUCUGGUUGAGAAGUCGCUCUUAACUUUUGAUAUUUUAAACAUUGUUGGGAUGCAUGAUUUGAUUCAAGAAAUGGCAUUUGAAAUUGUUCGUCAAGAGUCUCCUGAAGAGCCCGGUGGACGCAGUCAAUUGUGUCAUCGUAAUGACAUCAUUCAUGUAUUGAUAAACAAUACGGGAACUAACAAAAUUCAAGGCAUCGCCUUACGCAUGGUGAAACUUAAAAAGGCGGAUUGGAAUUGUGAAGCAUUCUCUAAGAUGAUUAACCUGAAAUUUCUUGAAGUUGAUAAUGUGAUCAAUACUUCAAGCCCCAUAAUUCUUCCUAAUUCCUUAAGAAUUAUGAUAUGGAAUUAUUUUCCUUCGAAAUUUCUCCCAUCAGAUUUUCAACCGAAUAAACUUGUUUCGCUUGAGAUGCAGGACAGUGAACUAGUUGGGCUGUGGGAUGGAAGAAUUGACUUACCCAAUUUGAAAUACAUGGACCUUAGUUGGUCUCGAAACUUAGCAACAACCCCAAAUUUCACUGGCAUUCCAAAACUCCAGAUGUUGGAUCUUAAAGGGUGUGAGAAUUUGGUUGAGAUUCACCCGUCCAUUGCAUAUCUCAAAUGGCUUACAGAUCUAAUACUAUAUGGAUGCAAAAGUGUUAAGAGUCUUCCAAGGGAAAUAGAAAUGGAUUCUCUUAUAUAUUUAAGUCUUUGUGGUUGUUCUAAACUGAGAAAGAUUCCAGAAUUUUCAGAACAAAUGGAAAAUUUGUCAAAGCUUGGUUUGAGUGGGACUGCCAUUGAGAAAUUACCUUCAUCAAUUGGACGUCUUGUUGGCCUUACUUCUCUGGAUGUAAGAAAUUGUACAAAUCUCUUGGGUCUUCCGAGCGCAAUUUGUAAUUUGAAGUCUCUUAAAGCGCUCUAUGCAGAUGGACGCUCUGUUGAAAUGAUUAAAGUACGUAGAUCACAGUCUAAUAAAUUAAGGUUUUGGUGGGGCCUCCAAAGAAAGGCUUUUGUGUUGGGUUCGCUACAUGGUUUAUGGUCUUUGACGCUUUUGGAUCUGAGUAAUUGUGGUCUUUGUGAAUGGGAUAUUCCCGUUGAUAUUGGCUGCUUGUCCUCUUUAGAAGAAUUAAACCUUAGUCGAAACAAUUUUGUUACCCUUCCUGCAAGCAUUGGAUGUCUACCUAAGCUUAAGUCACUUAAGGCCAAUGGGUGCCAAAAGCUUCAACAAUUGCCCCAUCUCCGCUUUGGAUUGAUUGAGAAUGACUUCUACACUAUUAGAAUAUACACAGAGGAUUGCACUUCCUUAAAAAUGUUGCCAAAGUUGAGCAUAAAAAACAGAAGAAGAAGUUAUGUUGGGUUCGUGUUGAGUUGUGUGAAUUGCAUUGGAUUGGUUGAGAAUGAAGGUUGCGAUGCUAUACUUGGAAUGCUCUGGAUUGGUCUGGAUGGGAGAUUCCUUCAGGAUGGAAUAAUCUCCUUGAUAGUUUGUGCAAUCUCCUUCAAUUAUGCAGUCUUCUCUUAUUUAGCAUAUCUGAGUUCUAAAUUACCUCAUGUAACAGACUGGAAUUCUGAGAGGUUCAUUAACCGUCGUAUAAGUGAGCGUCAUAUGAGACGAAAAUUUUAUACCGCGGUCAACAUGUUCAGUGGAAUUGGGCAGUGCUAG